CCUCCAAAACUGCCCCUCUCCUCUCCUGCUCAUCCUUCCUCCAGGUCUCGUCCAUACAUCACAAGAGCUCCAGGACUUUCUUUCUCCUUUCUCAACAGUUUUAAAUAUUUUCAGAGAAUUUGAGAGCACUUACAGAAAGCCAGAUCUAGUAUCCACUCUUUUCUCCCUAUACAAAUUAGCUUAUGUUUGAUUUGGGCACCCAGGAGGCAAAAGCAGGCAGAUCUUUGUGAGUUCCAGGCCAGCCAGAGAGCUACAUAGUAUGACCCUGUCUAAAAAAACAAGAAGGGCAGAUAGCCUUUUGGUUUUUCUAUAAUCAGCUAAUUAACUGCAGAAACCACGUUUUGGAGUUCAAGGAAACUAUGCUACGUUUAAAAAACAAAAGUGAAAAUAAUCACCAAAAUCUAGUGAAAGUCCUCCAUCAACUGAAGCAUAAAGUGGCCCCAGCGAAGCCGUCAGGAAGCAUCCUUGAGAAGAAAGUGAACAUGUUGGAUCAGGAUGAAACAGUUUUUAACCAAUUUGAAGUCUUAAAGUUCUUCCUUCCUCACCUAAGGACAGCAGGGAACAUUUACCCGGAUAUAGCCAUUGGCAGACAGAGAGCAGGCGUCUCUUUUGCACUGGGAAUCACCACCAUUGACAGAGGGAAUCACACCUACCUGAAGCAAACGCUGACUUCUGUUCUCUCCAGAAUGACUCCUGAAGAAGAGGAGGACUCCGUGGUGAUCGUCUCUGUGGCUGAUACUGAUGAAAAUUAUUUAAAAUCUGUUGUUCACAUGGUUAAAACCAGAUUCAGAAAGCAAGUACAGUCCGGAGCUUUGGAGGUCAUUUCAAUACCUGCCCUUUUUUACCCUCAAACAUUACUGGAAAAGAAAACAACGAAGAAUGCAAAAAAUUGGCAGAUAAAACAAGUAUUGGAUUUUUGUAUUCUGAUGUUGUACGCACAACCCAAGGCCACGUAUUAUUUACAGCUGGAAGAUGAUAUCGUAGCAAAAAAGAUGUAUUUUACAAAAAUGAAAGAUUUUGUAAAUAGUGUCACUUCAAAAGAUUGGUUUUAUAUUGAGUUUUCAGUCCUUGGAUUUAUAGGGAAACUCUUUCGAUCGAAGGACCUGAUGGACUUUGUGCAUUUUUUCUUGAUAUUCUACAGAGCAAAGCCCAUAGAUGUGCUUUUAGAUGACAUUGCCCUGCUUCGGAUGUGCAGCUUCGGGGGGCCUCUGAGGAGCUGUUUGCAGCUAAAGAGGGAAGUUCGAGUUCAGUACAAACCAUCUCUGUUCCAGCAUGUGGGCACUCACUCAUCAUUUCCAGGACGAGAACAGCACCUCAAGGAUCAUUACUACUAGGAUUUUCCUAAAUCUUACAACUUCUCCAAAAAUUGCCAGACUCAUUUUUGGGAAAAAGGCACAGCAAAUAUCAAAUUUUCUCCAGUUACAUUGAAGAAGAGACUACACUAUUUUUUUUUAAAUUAAACCUUCAGUAAUAAAGUGAGUAUAAAAAUUU